GGAGCCGAGCGCCUGCGCCGAGCGGGGCCGAGCGGAGCCGAGCGGAGCCCAGGGAGCGGCGCGCACGCGGACGCCCGGCCGGCCCGGCAUGGAGGCGGAGUGCCGGGUGCUCUCCAUCCAGAGCCACGUCGUCCGCGGCUACGUGGGCAACCGGGCGGCCACGUUCCCGCUGCAGGUUCUGGGAUUUGAGAUCGACGCGCUGAACUCUGUCCAGUUUUCCAACCACACAGGCUACGCUCACUGGAAGGGUCAGGUGCUGAACUCGGAUGAACUCCACGAGCUCUACGAGGGCCUCAAGCUGAACGACGUGAAUAAAUAUGACUACGUGCUCACGGGUUACACGAGAGACAAGUCCUUCCUGGCCUCCGUGGUCGACAUCGUGCGGGAGCUGAAGCAGCAGAACAGCAAGCUCGUGUAUGUGUGCGACCCGGUGAUGGGCGACAAGUGGAAUGGCGAAGGCUCCAUGUACGUUCCGGAGGACCUCCUUCCCGUCUACAAGGAGAAGGUCGUGCCCGUGGCGGACAUCAUAACCCCCAACCAGUUUGAGGCUGAGUUACUGAGUGGCAGGAAGAUCCACAGUGAAGAAGAAGCGUUAGUGGUGAUGGACGUGCUGCAUGCCAUGGGCCCUGACACGGUGGUCAUCACCAGCUCCGACCUGCCCUCCUCGAGGGGCAGUGACUACCUGAUCGCACUGGGGAGCCAGAGAACUCGGAACCCCGAUGGCUCUGUGGUGACGGAACGCAUCCGCAUGGAGAUGCACAAGGUGGACGCGGUCUUCGUGGGCACCGGGGACCUCUUCGCCGCCAUGCUCCUGGCGUGGACACACAAACACCCCAACAACCUCAAGGUGGCCUGUGAGAAGACCGUGUCUGCUAUGCAUCACGUUCUGCAGCGGACCAUCAAGUGUGCCAAAGCCCAGGCAGCAGGAGGGCUGAAGCCCAGGCCGGCGCAGCUGGAGCUCAGGAUAGUCCAGAGCAAAAAGGACAUCGAGAACCCGGAGAUCGUGGUCCAGGCCACGGUGCUGUGAGGCCCGGGCGCCGCCCCCACCGCCCGGCGUGUGCUGUCGCCCUCGUCGUCCUGUGAACACGUAGCGUCUGCCUUAGAGCUGUGAAUGAAACUUGGUCUUUUUUGCUUUCAUGAGUGUCCAGCAGCCACUGGUCUUAAUUGUGAAAAUGUGCUGGUCGUGCUUCCCAAAAGUAACAAAAACAAUCACAGAAAUCUGUAACUCGGGGGCCGCGGCUCCCCGGCAGCUCUCCUGGCUCGGGGCGUCUGGUCCCGAGCGGGCUAGGGCUGGGGAAGCCCGGGGUCUGCGUCCCCCAGGAACCGUUGAGGUUUAACCACUUGCAUCUGGAAGAAUUAUGCCAAAUCUCUGUGUUGUCGCUCUGACCCGACCCUCUUUGCUCCCGCUUCAGACGCCCUGUUAGUCACUGCGCUGUUGGGUAGGUUGCCGGGGAUCGUUUCACCGCGGGGACAGGUCCGUACCAGCUGGCCGGCGCCGUGGGCACUGUGCGGUCAUGCUGGGGGCACCUUUCCAGGACCCCGAAAAUGCAGGCCGGUCUGCAGGCCUCACCCCCCUCAGUGGGACCUUCCCGUAAGUCAUGAGUGUCCGUGCCAGGGACCCGCCGGCUGGCGUGACGGAGACGAGGGCAGGUCCCGUGGGUCGAGGACAGCUUGUGGGAGGACUGGCACGUUGUGUUUCCCUUUGGAAAACUCCCCCGGGUCGCGGCACGGCGGGUCGCGUUAGCGCAGUUUGCCCCCCGUUGGGACCUGACGCACGUGUGGCGGUGCCGAGACGGGUCCAGAGGGCAGCGGGGCUGCGGCCCCAGCAUUGACAUCUUCACCCGCCCGGGCCGGUGACCUUGUGCCCUCACCCCUCCCUGCCAGUCCUGCAUUCUGUGCCAGCCGGGAAGCCGGAGGCCCCUAGAGCCAGCCCCGCUGCGCCCGCUCCUCAGAGGGGGUGUUGGGCAUCAGGGAGGGGCCGGGCCAGCGGAGCAGCCCCCGCGUGCCUCGGGCGGAGACCCCAGCCCAGGCCUCGGCACUAGGCCGCUUGUCCACUGCGGGGGGGACCUCUCUGGCCCCACGGUGUCCAGAAUUUUGAGGACCCCCCAGGCGUGGCUGCAAGCGGAGAGGGGUGCCCAUCCUGAAGACGGCCUGCCUCGAUCUUAGUACCCGGCGCCGGCCCCAGCCCCACUCCGGGGGGCGCAGAGGUUUGCCUCUCCCAGGAGCCCGCAGCCUGCGGGGGGCCUGGGGACCAGAUGGUGGCUCCUGGGAGAGCAGAUCCCCCAGCUGCGGCAGUUCCCGUGGCCUCCUCAGUGGGGUGUUCUUCACGCUGGUGAAGACCCCAAAGCAAGCAACGCCGGCCCCAGACGCUCCCACGUGCUCUUCUUUCCCCCAUUUCCACAUCCUGUGUCUUAGCGCUCCCACCUCCACGUCCCUGCGGGCUCGGUGGUCGGCGGCUCCUGCAGUGGCCACAGGUUGGUGUCGUGUCCUGGUCCUGGGGCCCGGCCUCCACUUAGCCCCGGGGGACAGAGCCCGGCCACCGGUCCCUGCAGGGCCGCCCCCUCCCCGGACCAGGAGGACGGGGGACCCGUGGCCGGCAGCCUCCCCGGCAGGGUGGGCGCAGGGACCAAAGUCAGCCUGGGCCUGGAAGCACCUGUCACUGCCAAGCAGAGCUGGGGAGCGGCCGCGCCGCCAGCGGGCAAACGGCUUCCCCCCCCUCUUUUUUAAUACCGAGAGCACGCGUGAGACUGCGAGGGAAGCUCCGUGCGUGUCUGCGGCGAGGUGGUGGGAACGCCCCCCGGCAGCUUCGGUGUCCGGCGGCCUCGGGGAAACGCCCACAAACAGUGGACUCUGUUCCCCACCUUUUAUUUCCAGGGCUCAGCCUUUGCGCCCCUGCCCCCGUCCUUUGCUUCCCUGUGCCGUGCGCAGGAUGGAAGUGCUCCACGCUUCCUGGCACAUCGUGAACGUCCUGGUGGGACCCGGGACCGUUUCCUCUGUCUCCUCCGACUCCGAGGCCCCGAGCACUGGGACAGGUGGCGUCCCGAGCCCUCUGCACCCGCGGCGGGAGCCGGGCAACCCGAGAGCAUCUGCAGAGCGCGGGGCUCCUGCGGGAACAGCGUGCACGUCCCCGGGAGACCGUCCCACCCGUCCUGGUGCGACCCCCACCGCCCCCCACCCCCCAUGCCCCUGGAGGCCCCGGCCUGUCUGUGCUUAGAAUUUCCCACCCCCGAGUCCACUGUGGUCAUUAGCCGUGGUUUUUUAUACAGGUUGGGUCCAAAUUAGAAUUGAUCUUUGUUUCUACUCUCCGUAGUCUAGUAACGUGCAAAGUAAUAAUUAUAUAUAUUUUAAGACGAGAGAUGUAUCAUUGGUCCUAAAUCGCCUGCUUGUGACCAGAGUACAUAUUUCAAUAGUUUUUUCGAAGCUUCCGUAGACCUCAGAAGAUGAAUUACAAGAUAUCCUUUUUUUAAAACCAUUUUCAGAUCAUUGCCAAGUCCCGCUAAGGUAAUCGUGUCGACCUGCAUUAUUUUUGUAAUAUAUGUCAGCGAUGGUAAAAAUGA